GCGCAUGCGCUGUAUUAUUCAUUCUAGUCGGGUUCACGCUGGACUGUGCGACUCGUUUGAACCUUAACGGUGCUCGGUUCAAAAAAGAUUAGUGAUUCAGCAUUAAUGUUUAUUAUAAAUACAUUUAGCAUGCGAUACGGAUAUACCUAAAAGACUUGAAUAGUCAUUAGUAAUGUUAUUGUAUCUCUCAUGGGUGAGAAAUAGUUUUACCAAUAUGGCAAUGUAAUAAUUGUUGGGGUAGGCUUUUUACAGUAUGUAGAAAAGGCACUUCGUAAUUGCUUGGAAGGCAACGCCUGGAUAAUAAGACGUACUUCCGUUAAAUCGGCUGCUUUGUUGACAGUUAGUCAAAAAUGGGGAUUACAUUGUUUUCCCAUCAGUGUUUUCAAAUAGUGUGUCUCGUCGCUUUACUCAAUGGAAUCGGUGACUGCAGCGAAGGGCCAAGCUCGUCACAGACGUCCCAGUUCUCGUCGUAUGAGGUGACGGUCCCCAGGAGGGUAGACAAGCAUCGCAGGGAUCUGGACUCCACCGAGGCUGAGCGGGUGUCCUAUGUAAUCAGUGCCCAAGGGGAAGAGCAUGUCGUCAUAUUGGAGAAAAACGAACUCCUACUUCCUGAGGACUUCACAGUGUACACCUACUCUGAGGAUGGGACGUUAUUCACGCAGCGACCCUCCAUGCAGGACCACUGUCAGUACCGGGGUUACGUCCUGGACCAGGAAGACUCCUCCGUAGCCAUGAGCAUCUGCAACGGUCUCAGAGGCGUUCUCCAUAUGGGAAAUUCCAGCUAUGGCAUCGAGCCCCUGGAGUCCUCCUCAGCCAAUCAGCACCUGUGGUACCGGCUAGAGGAUGUGAGGUCACAACCGCUGGUGUGUGGCACGCCUCACACUGAGCGUGCUCACACUGAGGAGCACACCCACUCUGACACACACAGAGAGACUGUCAGCCACCACCUGAGGAGAAAGCGUGCUGUGCUUCACAAGACCCACUACGUGGAGCUCCUGCUGGUGGUGGACAACGAGAGGUUCAUCUAUAUGCACAGGAACCAGACGGCUGUGAGAGCAGAGAUGGUCCACUUAGCCAACUUCGUUGACAGUAUGUAUGUGGAGUUGAAUGUGCGGAUCGUGCUGGUGGGCCUGGAGAUCUGGACCCACCAGAACCCCAUCAGCACCGAGGGCAGCGCGGGGGAGGUCCUGACCCGCUUCACCCAGUGGAGGGAGCAGGAGCUGGUGCCACGGCGACGACACGACAGCGCCCAGCUCAUUCUGAAUAAGAGUUUUGGAGCGACAGCAGGCAUGGCGUUCGUGGGCAUGGUCUGCUCACGGAGUCACGGAGGGGGGAUCAACGUGUUCACCAACAACAACAUCCCCGCGUUGGCGUCCAUCGUGGCCCACGAGCUGGGGCACAACCUGGGCAUGAACCACGACGACGGGCGGGAAUGCCACUGCCCCUACUGCAUCAUGCACUCAGGAGCCACCGGUUCGCGCAACUUCAGCAGCUGCAGUGCUGACGACUUUGAGAAAAUGAUCCUGAACAUGGGAGGAAACUGCCUGCUGAACAUCCCGCGGCCGGACGAGGCCUACAGCGCCCCCUACUGUGGAAACAAGCUGGUGGACGUAGGAGAGGAGUGUGACUGUGGCUCAGACAAGGAGUGUGAGAAGGACCCCUGCUGUGAGGCAAAGACAUGCAAGCUAAAGUCCGGGGCUCAGUGUGCCUUCGGAGUAUGCUGCAAGAACUGCCAGUUCCUGCCUGGGGGGGCUGUGUGUAGGGCCAGUAACGACGACUGCGACCUGACGGAGUACUGUAAUGGCUCCUCAGCCCUCUGCCAGAACGAUGUCUUCAAGCAGAACGGCCAUCCCUGCCGGGACCAGCAGGCAUACUGCUACAACGGAAAGUGCCAGCACUACGACGGGCAGUGCCAGGCCAUCUUUGGGUCCAAGGCCAAGGAAGCUCCAGAAAUAUGUUUUGAAGAUGUCAACUCCAAGGGAGAUCGCUUUGGAAAUUGUGGCUAUCAGAGUAACGGCUACAAGAAAUGCGAGAAAAUAAACGCCAAGUGUGGGAAGCUACAGUGUUCCAACGUGCAAUCGGUGACGGUGUUUGGCAUCGAGCCGUCCAUCAUCCAGACGCCCAUCCGGAAUAGGUCCAUCCACGCCGGGACCAAGUGCUGGGGCGUUGACUUCCUGUUGGGUUCCGACGUCCCCGACCCUGGCAUGGUCAACGAGGGCACCAAGUGUAAAGAGAACAAGGUCUGUCUGAACUACGACUGCAGGAAUGCAAACGUUCUCAAUUACGACUGUGAUGUUGAGAAGAAAUGCCAUGGCCAUGGGGUGUGUAACAGCAACAGGAACUGUCACUGUGACAACGACUGGGCCCCACCUUUCUGUGAGGUCAAAGGUUACGGGGGCAGCAUCGACAGCGGCCCAACGUGGAACGACAAGGACACGUCCACCAGGGACGGGCUGCUGGUCUUCUUCUUCCUGGUUCUUCCUCUCAUGGCUCUCUGCGCCUUCGUCUUCUUCAGGAGGAACGAGCUGCAGAGGCGCUUUUGCAGGAGGAAGAGGUCGCAGGGCUUUGAGGCUAAUAGUCAACCUCUAGCCAAUCCUGGCAGAGGCCCGCCUCCUAGGAACCCCCCUCCGAGGGGUGGCAACACCAACAACAUCGUCAAGGACGGGCUUCAUGCCAAGUUUUUACCACCCGAGGAGGUGGUUCAGACAAGCAGGACAGCCUCAGUUCCAGCUUAUGCUGCAAGGCCUCCCCCUCCACUUCUUGGAAGACCAUCUGCUCCUUCUUCACAACUAGUGCCUCAAAGAGCCGCCCCCCCACCUCCUGUCUAACCAAUGGGAGAUGGGUGUCUGUCUAGUGGGGCGAGCUAGUCCCACCAAACACCCCAACCUCACACCUCAACUCACUUCACCACAUACAACCCAUCUACAGAACAGCACUCUGCCAAACCCCUGAUGGGAAAUGCAGUCUUUCGACCACGACACACUUCCUACAAUACAGCGCUGAACCCUGACGAUCUCCUAACGAACCAUCAUGAACCCUAAUGAACCGUGUUACUGAGCUGGACCAGGUCUGACUUCCCGGUGUUACAGACAGGAAACUGAGCUUCGGUAGGAGUGGGAACACUUCUUCCUCUUCUCUCUCUCUCUCUCUCUCUCUCUGUCUCUCUCUCUGUCUCACAGCACUGUCAAAGGAACGUAACUCUAACCCCAGAUCUCUGGCAGGGCAGGUACAAGACAGUCUGGCCGUAAGCUUGGUGUGUCUGUACAAGAACACCGUCUGCAGAUACAGCUGGAUGCUGUGGUGGGAGUGUCCACUGCCUGUGUUCCACCCUACUCCUCAAACCCAACAGUUUUAUUAUGUCCAGAAUGACGUUUUAACUUUUAGUUUCUAAUAAACCUCUACUCAUUAGUCCAGGGAUCUGCCGGAUAUGUAAUGUACUAUGUAACAUGUUGUAUUUUUUUACAGUCACACAGGAAACCGAUAUCACUGAACACCCCUUAGAUCUUAAACCUAGGCCACACUAUGUAAACCUUUUGUUUCUACAUUUAAUUGCAGUACAAGUUUGAAUUUGACAGCGAUUUGCAAAAUGUGUGCAAUACUUUGAGAACAUAAUAGGUUGCUCUGACAACCUUUCGAUGCAUCUGACCUCGUUGAAAGUUGCGGAACCUUCGCUGGUUUCAUCAACUAGACAAUCUUAACCAUACAUUAGGUAGUGAACGUACCUGGAUCUGUUCAUAAACAAAUUUGAGUUUCUGACAGUCAAGAUCCUAUUCCAAUGUUGCAGUUUUUGCAGCCAACAGAUUGUAUAGAAGAUGGUUGGUUUGUUUUAUUUGCCAAUGAACUAUUACCUAUGUAGGUAUCAAAUCAAUUCUACUUAUUGAACAUGUUUUUUAAUGAUUGUGAUACGUUAUGUGAAUCCACUAUUACCUUUUGACUGUGGUUUGGUGUAUCCUUGAUUUCUUUGAGCAAAAUGAUAUAACCCCCAUAUAUGGACAUGUAUUUUUCCUAUGAAGGGCUACACAGUAACACCACAAUGAUCCUGACAACAUGCCAUAACUAUACUGUUGGGAUAUACAUCAUAGUCACGUGCUUCCGGUUUAGGUGAGUGAGGCUAUGCCUCUGGGAAAGACACAAGUCUGACUCAAGUGCCUCUACUCUCACCAUGAACACGCCAUCCCACAGUAAUAUGGCAAUACUCCACCGAAUGAUCCCUGAUGGUGCAUAAAAACACAAUCCAGCUUCCAAGACGCCAUCUUCUUCUGAAAACAGACUUCGCCUUGUGCCAUACAGUUACAAUACACGCGGAAGAAGAUUCAAACAUUGUGUGUUUUGUUUGAGGGUGUACAUAGGACCGUUUGCCUCUGCACAUUUAACAUUUGAUGUUUGCAGGUUAACUGUAAAUGUAUGAUAUAUCAUCAGUAUACACAAUGAAUGGAUUACGUGGUUAGCCUGAUUGCACUGCUUCCCUCCCCUUUAAUCCUCCAUGUCCUCUAUAUGACGAGAUGUGUGAGCUGUAUGUAGUUGAAUGACACUUGAGUCUUCAGUGAGACUUGGCUGCUCAGACUGAAUAAGGGUGGUGAUUUUUGGUUAUUAAAUUCAAAUAAAUGAAACCGACUGAGA